AUGGCGGUUCAAAACAGCAACGCGUACCCAUCGGGGGCUCCUACAUCGGCCUGCGGUGAUAUGACACCGGGUCAUGGAUUCAGUUCUCAGACGUCAGUCAGUCCCUACACCAUCUCCGUGAGUCCUGCAUUCUACCAACCAGGACAGCAGAUGAAUGUCACAAUUUCGAGGAACGCCAACACCCCAGCUUUGAAGGGUAUUCUGUUGCAAGCUCGUCUCACUGGCACCGAUGAAAUCAUCGGUACAUGGUCGUUAGAGGGCACCACGGGUUUUCAAACGCUGGCAUGUAACGGUGCUAAUUCGGCAGUAACGCAUACUAAUAACGACGACAAACCGGCUACUUUUCAAUUGAACUGGACACCUCCUGAUGACAACGGAGAUGAUAUCUAUGUGACGUAA